GCAUGGGGGGAAUUUGUCCCUGUAGCAUCCUGCUCCCCAUUGUUUCUCCACAGAUCUGCCCUCACUGAGAGUUAGGCAUGUCUGUAUGUGACUAAGUAAAAAUAUAUGUUUUUCUUCAAGCAAUUCAAAGUUCCUCAUGUGGUUGCUCUGCUCUGGAAAAAGUAAAAAGUUACUUGCUCUGGAAAAAUGACUUAUGUUCAUUUUUAUCCCCAGAAAGUGUGUUGCUGUGGGAGUAGUGGCAGGAGCCUCCUUCCACCAGGGCUCAGCGCGGACUAAUCGUAAGGAAGAGGAGUUAUCUUAACUGAAAUAAAACUGGAGAGGACAUCCCUGUCCAACCAGGACCAGCGCUGACCUCCCCUGAGCUCUGCUGGUGGCAAUGUCUCGCUGGGCCGGUCUCCUCUCCACCGCUGCCAAAGUCAACCUGCUGCUCUUGGUGGUCUCUGCAGUGUUCUCCUGGUCAAGCCUAAGCGACAGAGUGCCUGAGUUUGCCCUUACAAAAAUAGAAGAGAGCGACAUAAAAGAUGACAGUGGGAAAGAGGCGGUAGCAGAAGAUGAUGCUGAUCCUGAAGACCUGGAAGUGUUUUACCCCACACAUCAGUGGCAGACCCUCCGUCCAGGUCAAGCUGUUCCUGCAGGGUCGCAUGUACGGCUGAACCUGCAGACAGGAGACAGAGAAGUCAAGCUCCCAGAUAGUGAAAAUGGGAAAAGCGAUACAAGAAAAGAGAGAAGAAGAAAAAGGCUGGGCAAGGUGGAUGUUGACUCAACUUCAUUCACAUCCCAGGAGCUCAAAAAGGCACUGGCUAAAAUGAAGGAAAGUGAGAAGGCAGAAAGAAAGGCCCAUGAGGAAGAGGUGAGGAAGAAGUUCCGGCCCAUAGAGCAGCUGAAGGAGGAGUUUGAGAAGCUGAACGUGAAGAUGGAAACAGAUUAUGAAAUUAUGGUGAAAUUAAUCAGCAAAUUCAACAGCUCUGCCUCCACGCUGGAUGAAAAAGUAGCGGCGCUUUAUGAUCUUGAAUAUUAUGUUCACCAGGUGGACAAUGCUAAGGACUUCCUCUCCAUGGGCGGCCUCCAGUUGGUGAUCCACGGGCUGAACAGCAGCGAGGCCACGCUGAAGGAGCACUCUGCCUUCGUCCUGGGAGCCGCGCUGUCCAGCAACCCCAAAGUCCAGAUAGAAGCAAUUGAGGGGGGGGCGCUGCAGAAGCUCCUGGUGAUUCUGGCUACGGAACAACCCCUGGCUGUCAAGAAGAAGGCUCUCUUCGCGCUGUCCUCCAUGCUGAGACACUUCCCCUAUGCCCAGCAGCAGUUCCUCAAGCUGGGCGGCCUCCAGGUCCUCAGGAGCCUCUUCAGGCAGAAGGGGAUGGAGACCCUCCACGUCCGUGUGGUGACACUUCUCUACGACCUCAUCAUGGAGAAGAUGCUACUUGAGGACUCUCAGCACGGGGACCACCUGGAGGAGAAGAUCCAGCAGUACCAGCAGGUGAAGCUGGUGCCGGCGGUGGUGGAGCAGGACUGGUGCGUGGUGGUUUCCAACCUGCUGGCCAUGCCGGAGCACGACAGCCGUGAGAAGGUCCUCAAGAUGGUCGGGGUGCUGAUGGCCUUCUGCAGGGAGCGCUACCGCGGGGACCAGGCCCUCAGCACCACCCUCAGCCUCCUGCGCAGCGAGUACGAGGAGCUGGCAGCAGAGGAGCAGAGGGAAGGUGACAAGGACGGCUACUUCAAGGAACUCCUUGGCUCUGUGAACACCAUCAUUCAGGAGCUGAGGUGAAAGCAGCUGUGGGUUCCCUUCAAUCCAGGUACUUCAGGGCAGCACCGGGAGUUUGGAUGGCACCAGUGUACAGGCACUUUUGAAUAAACUGCUGGGUUAACUGAGCUCCCACCACUGUGUGAGUGCGCCAGCAGCUUCCUUAAUACAGCACAGCGUUUGGGGCAUGUGUCCCUUCCAUGGGGUACUGCUGGGAAAAUACAGGGAGCUGCCUUAGAGGGAAUGAGGUGAAGUCUCAGCUUACAUUGCUCCAACCUUCUGAGUGCUCUCAGUCUGUCUGCAGGACUCUGGUGUGGGAAGGAUCGAGGGAUGUGGGACUGUCCGUGUUGGGCAGCUCUGCUGCACAAAGGGAAGCGCUUCUUCCCGCAGCUCUGCUCUGCCUUUGUUCUGCCCCGCUGUGUCCGUGAUCUUGGUUUGCCUCUGGGUGAAGCAUCUCAGCACUCACACGGCA